GGCUGGGCCCAGCAAGAGUCGUUGUAAAUUGGCAGGAAGGAAAAGUGCAUCGUCGCUUCCGCGUGAGAGUCCAAACAUACAACAGAAAGAGGGAGAGAUCUGUGGGAGUGGUCGCAGAAGCAGAAGCAGAAGGAAAGUUAGAGGAAGAGAAAGAUGAUGUCCGGAAUUGGAAAAUAUACGACGAUUGAUAACCAGCAGGUUCAAGGAGGAUCUGUACCUGCCGUUCCAGAUCCAGGACAUGUCACCGUCAAGUUCGCAGAUUCAAAUCUCCAGACAUUUCCCCCAUCUGAAGCACAGGGGAAGAUUAGCGGUGGUUCCAGACCUCCUCGUGAUGCUGAUGACUCAUUUUCAAAACCUGUAUCUGGUUCUGAUGAACCCCAGCAAAGUGGUUGGAUUCGGACUUUUACAGUUGCUGCUUACAAACCGUACUUUGAUAUUGACACUUCAGAUGUUGUAGAGAGAAUUAUAGACUCACUCUUACCAUUUAGAGGAACUUUUAAUGAAAAAACUGCUACCAACCCUGAUUUGUAUGGACCAUUCUGGAUUUGCACUACCUUAAUAUUUGUAGCAGCAUCUAUUGGCACAUUUGUGACAUAUAUAGCGCACAAGGUGAAGAACAAAGAAUGGGACUAUGACAUAAAUAUGGUGACUUGGUCGGCUGGUUUGUUUUAUGGCUAUGUUACCAUUGUUCCUCUUUGUCUGUAUGUAAUCCUCAAAUACUUCUCUGCACCAGCGGGCCUUGUCCAACUCUUAUGUCUAUAUGGAUAUUCCCUGUUUGUCUUUAUUCCGGCUCUGUGUAUGUCCGUUGUGCCACUGGAGAUAUUCAGAUGGGUGAUUGCAGGUGUGGCAGGGUUAAUGUCAGCAACAUUUUUGGCACUUAACCUCCGGGCACAUAUCAAGUCCGCAGGUGAAAGGUGGUUCUUGAUUGUUGCUGGCAUUUUUCUGCUUCAGCUUGCUCUAGCCGUUGUCCUAAAGAUCUACAUCUUCACAGUCUCAGUUUAAGAGGAAACUGGACAACUUGAAUGAAAUAUAUAUAACAAAGAAAUAGUUUAUGUCUUUUUAGGUUUUCAUUAAUACAAUUUGUAGAUGAAAUAUAAUUCACAGAUUAAACCAUCGUGUAUUCAUUCAUUUGUGGCAAUAUAGAGGCGUGUAACU